CGAACUUGUCGCUGAAACCACUCGGCUAUCUUUUUUUUUUUUUGGGCCAAAAAACCACUUGGUUAUCUGAAGAGAAGAAGAAUACUGUUCAUCAUUACGAACUAUGAAGCAGAAGAUCGUGAUCGAGGUUCCAUUGAAGUGCGAAAAAUGCAGGACAAAUGCCAUCACCAUAGCUUCAGAGGCCAUAGGGGUUGAAUCAGCGACGCUUGAAAGGAAAGAGAGAGAUCAAGUGGUGAUAAUAGGAGAAGGAGUGGAUGCAAGCUUGGUCACCAAGUCUUUGAGGAAGAAGCUUAACUAUGCCCACCUUGUUGCUGUCUCUCAAAUCCAACCCUCGUAGUUAAAUCAAUCACUUUCAAAUGUCAAUUUCAUCAAAUGCCACGCAGGAUUAUCUUAUAAAUAGAUUCAGUAUGCAUCUUAAAUAGAUGGAUUCUUCAUCUGAUCUAGAUUAUCCAAUUUAGUAUGAAUAUAUCUUUAAUGGUGCAAAGAGUAAAAUAGUGUUAUAAUCUUUUGCUAUAAAUUUUUUUUUUGUUGUUGUCCAAAGUAUUUCCACAAUCAGUAGUCAUGGGAUUAAUUCCUCAAAGAAUUAGAACACUAUUGAAGGGCUUAUCUUCCCCCAAGUAAUUUUUUUUAUAUACACUUUCAAAAAUUGAAUUCUAGAAUGAUACUUAAAGAGUUCAGACUGCUAACAUCUGUGCCACAUUCACUUAACAU